AAGUUUGGAAUUUCGGUCAUACAGGAGGAAAAGGAGGAGGAGAAAACGGGAGAAGUUUGACUUUAAGAAAUAGCAGAGAAGCGAGGAGGGGGAGAGAGAGGAGAAAACCCACAGCAAAACAGAGCAAAUGCGCCCGGAAUGCAAGGAUUCAGUUUUGCAUUUGUGAAACUGAAACGCGAUUUGCGUUAUUUUGGAUCUUAGUUUUUUUUUCUGUCUUGCUCUGCUACGUGCGCGUUGGUUUGGGUGAAACUGUGAGCUGCUGGAAUUCGGCAAUCACUUGCUUUCCUUGUGGAUUAUUGCUUUUUGUAAAGUUUCUUAAAGUGGUUUCUGAAACAUAAGCAGUAUUGUGUGUGUGUGUGUGCCCCCUCCCUCUCGCUCCAGUCAGGCUUGCUGUGCUGUACGGUACCGUACUGGUGGGUGGUGUGUUCUCUCAGCAGGAUUCCAAUUUCCAGACACAGUGACAGAGAAAUCUGCUUACAUUCUUUUCAUAUCAAAGUCACGAGAAGAUCUUUUAAAAACCAAAAACCUUGCCAUUUGGAUUUCAUGCAAAAGGUCUUCACCCGUUUUUUGUUUCUAUUCAAAAACUCCUAAAUCAAAGAGAUUGUUUUAUUGUGCGCUUUAUUUUUUAAAAUUAGCAUUUCUCACCCAGAAUCCGAAGAUGCCGGUGAGGAAGAAAGAUGCACUGCGAGCUUUGGGUCUCCUGGAAGAAUAUCGGUCUAAACUGAGUCAAACAGAGGACAGACAACUCAGACACUCAAUUGAGAGAGUUAUCAACAUCUUUCAGAGCAACCUGUUCCAGGCUCUCAUAGAUAUCCAGGAAUUUUAUGAAGUGACCUUACUGGACAAUCAGAAAUGUGGAGAAUCUCCGAAGCCAGUAGAACCCACACCACCUGUAAACUUGUGGGAAUUCUCCAGCCUUCCAAGCACAACCGUGACUUCAGACACACUGCCGAGCAGCGUUAGCCUGAGUGUAGAGAAGUACCGUUACAAAGAUGAAGACACACCACCACAAGAACACAGUUCCCCGCACCUUACCAAUGAGGUGAAAGGACCAGAGUUGGUACAUGUAUCAGAAAAGAACCUUUCACAGAUUGAGAAUGUACACGGUUUUGUCUCUCACUCACAUAUCUCCCCUAUGAAGGUAGAGUCCCUGGAGUGCAUCUUUGAUGGGCCUUCGACUUUAGAAAAAGAUGCGCUUCCCUCUUCUCAGCUGGCUUUGUUGUCGCAAAGCAUUUCAGUCUCUCAGCAGACAGAUGCUGCUCCCAUAAUCCCUGUGAUCCCUGUCCUACCAGUCCCAGCAGAGAACACUGCCAUCUCAUCUCCCACGUCACAGGCAAAUCCGCCACCGGUCGUGGUGAACACAGAUAGUCUGGAUACUUCUCCUUAUGUAAACGGCACAGAAGCAGACUAUGAAUACGAGGAGAUCACACUUGAAAGGGGAAAUUCAGGUCUUGGUUUUAGUAUCGCAGGUGGUACAGAUAAUCCCCAUAUUGGAGAUGACCCGAGUAUCUUCAUUACAAAAAUCAUAGCAGGAGGUGCAGCUGCACAGGACGGGAGACUUCGGGUGAAUGACAACAUAUUAAGAGUAAAUGAUGUGGACGCCAGGGAUGUAACCCACAGCAAAGCAGUAGAAGCCUUAAAAGAAGCCGGAUCAAUCGUCAGACUAUACGUGAGAAGAAGAAAGCCGGUGACUGAAAAAAUCAUGGAACUAAAGCUUGUUAAAGGCCCUAAAGGUCUCGGCUUCAGCAUAGCGGGGGGAGUUGGAAAUCAGCAUAUUCCCGGGGACAAUAGCAUUUACGUAACCAAAAUCAUCGAGGGGGGAGCGGCACACAAAGAUGGCAGACUGCAAAUAGGAGACAAACUACUUGCCGUGAACGCUGCUGGUCUUGAGGAGGUCAGUCAUGAAGACGCCGUGACUGCCUUGAAAAACACCCCUGAUGUAGUUUACUUGAAAGUGGUGAAACCCACCAGCGUCUACAUGAAUGACAGUUACGCACCUUCCGACAUCACCAACUCCUAUUCACAGCACAUGGAUAACCAUAUCAGUCCGCCCAACUACUUGGGACAACCAUUACCACCGGCAACCCCCGGCAGAUAUUCGCCUGUCUCAAAGGCAAUUGUGGGAGACGAGGAGAUUACAAGGGAGCCUAGAAAAGUGGUGCUACAUCGAGGCUCCACAGGUCUGGGCUUCAAUAUCGUUGGAGGAGAGGACGGAGAGGGGAUAUUCAUCUCCUUCAUUCUGGCAGGAGGGCCAGCGGACUUGUGUGGGGAGCUGAAGAAAGGAGACCGCAUUGUCUCUGUGAACGGUGUUGACCUUCGGAGUGCGACGCACGAGCAGGCCGCUGCAGCUCUGAAGAAUGCAGGCCAGACAGUCACCAUCGUCGCUCAGUAUCGUCCAGAGGAAUACAGUCGGUUUGAAGCCAAAAUCCAUGAUCUACGGGAGCAGAUGAUGAACAGCAGUGUAAGCUCAGGAUCUGGGUCGUUGCGGACCAGCCAGAAGAGAUCACUCUAUGUCAGAGCUCUGUUUGACUAUGAUAAGACCAAGGACAGCGGGCUCCCGAGUCAAGGGCUGAACUUCCAGUUUGGGGACAUUCUGCAUGUUAUCAAUGCCUCAGAUGACGAGUGGUGGCAAGCACGGCAGGUCACGCCAGAUGGAGAGAGCGAAGAGAUUGGAGUAAUCCCAAGCAAACGCAGGGUGGAAAAGAAAGAAAAAGCCAGGUUAAAGACAGUGAAAUUCAAUUCAAAAUCAAGAGACAAAGGGCAGUCAUUCAAUGACAAGCGUAAAAAGAACCUCUUUUCCCGAAAAUUCCCUUUCUACAAGAAUAAGGACCAGAGUGAGCAGGAAACCAGUGACCUUGACCAGCAUGUAACAUCUAAUGCCAGCGAUAGUGAAAGUAGUUACCCAGGUGGCCUGGAGGAAUAUAUACUGUCUUAUGAGCCGGUCACCCAGCAAGAAGUAAACUACUCCCGUCCAGUGAUAGUUUUGGGACCCAUGAAAGACAGAGUAAACGACGAUCUGAUCUCGGAGUUUCCAGACAAGUUUGGCUCCUGCGUUCCUCACACAACUAGACCACAGCGUGACUAUGAGGUGGACGGCAGGGAUUAUCACUUUGUCAUAUCUCGGGAGCAGAUGGAGAAGGACAUUCAGGAUCACAAGUUCAUCGAGGCCGGCCAGUACAACAACCACCUGUAUGGAACCAGUGUACAGUCAGUACGGGAGGUCGCAGAAAAGGGCAAGCACUGUAUCCUCGACGUGUCAGGCAAUGCUAUCAAGAGGCUACAGAUAGCACUGCUCUAUCCUAUUGCUGUUUUCAUUAAACCAAAAUCUAUAGAAAAUAUUAUGGAGAUGAAUAAGCGGCUGACAGAAGAGCAAGGCAGGAAGACCUUCGAGAGAGCCAUGAAACUGGAGCAGGAAUUCACAGAGCACUUCACAGCUAUUGUUCAAGGGGACACGCUAGAGGAGAUAUACAACCAGGUUAAACAAAUCAUCGAGGAGCAAUCUGGCCCCUAUAUCUGGGUACCAGCCAAGGAGAAGUUGUGAAGAUGCUGGUUUUUUUUUUGUUUGUUUGUUUUUUUUUAACCAAUCUCCUCUGCUGCAUUCGAUGGCUUUCCACCCCGUCUUUCAGAGUCCACUUCCUCCCCGUGUGUGUACGUCAUAGGGGACACAACCCCUUUUUUGUGUCUCAACAUUCUCUCUCACAUAUUGACACCAGUGUCUUGUCAAUUUGAGACUGUUGCAUAGAAAUGACUGGUUUAAUCACCACUGUCUUUCUACAGAGAAGGGGGGAUAUGGGCUGACCAGCUACAAUAGGAGGAUUCUAUGGUACAGUUCCUUAAUGUUUAAGGGCAGUGACUUUUUAGAGAUGCAUUAUAUAUAUAUAUAUUUUUUUUUUUCUUUUAAAUUGGGAUUAUUUUCAUGGUAAAGGAAGGAAUAUGCGGUCUCAUUUAUUGGGUCAGAAAAACACGAAGCAAAACUUUGCACGUUCUAGCUUUAAUAGCAUGGUUUGGAUGAUUUAUGAUUUUAUUGUGGGUUUCUUUUUGCUGUCUAAAGUUUUUUCAAAAUCAUUAAUCAUAGCCUCCUUUCUAUUGUUUUUACAUGCAUUUUGUCUCGCACAACCUCAGAUCGGCCCAUUUUAAAAGGUUCAGGUACACGUCUGUUAAUUAUUUGUUAGUGUUUCUAAGCGGGUUCUUCAAAAGUUAAUCAGUGUCUUACCAUUAAAAACUGCUUUGUCACUGAACGAUAGUAGAUUUAAUCAUCUUAGGUGUUCAGGAGAGUUCAUUUUUUAAGUAAGGAAUGACUGGUUGUGUUAGUGGUGUUGAAAGUGUCACUUUUUAAAGUCCAUAUAUUAAUGGAAAGGCUUUGGAGCCAUACAAAAGGAUUCUGUUGUACACAGUUUGAGAUUUUAACAGAUAUUUAACCCUCAGUAAACUGCCUAUUUUGUUAUAAUAAAAGACUAUUGAAUUGAACUUUACUUAACACUAAAUUAUUUUCUUUACAUAGUUGCACACACACACACACACACACAUAUAUAUAUAUAUAUAU